AUAUUCGAUAUGAAUUAUCAUCCAAAUAUGAUGUCAAGGACAUGUCCUGGAGCUAUUGGGAAAGCUACACAACAGACUUUUGGAUAUCAGAAGCAAUAUGAAGGAGAUCUGGAUUCUGGUUUAGCGAUGGCUAACAGUAUUCUAAGAGAGAAUGUGAAUCAUGGGAAUCAACCAAGCCAAAACUAUCUAAAUAGAGCAAAGUCUCCGAUGAUACAGAUUGAAGACAAAGAGAAUUUCAAUAAUUACAUAAACAACGACAUUUAUAGCUUGCAAAAUGAAAAUUAUCCUGAAGAAAAUAAUGCUGUAGAGGAUAGACUAUCUAUAAUGGAUAAAGUCUACAAGCAAAGAAGACAAGAAAGAGCUAUCGAUAAUACUUCUAAAUAAUAAAAAGCUGAUCCAGGCUCCUAAAAUAAGCAAAAAUUCUAAGAAAAUUUUGCAACAGAAGUAUGGUAACUUCCCUCAAAAGAGAGUUGAUCAGAGACUUUAUGAUGAUCACCAAAAGAGACAAAUGGCUCAAAAUAUGAGAGAGAAGCAAAGUAAUAUGCAGAACCAAGAUCUGAUUAACCCUAUGGCCAGUCCUAGUUCUAUGGCUUCUUACCACUCUGUUCAAGCCAUCGGUGAAGGGGAUGGUAAUGAAAUAGCCAAUAGGCUUAUGGAUUAUAAACUAAAAUACAAAGAUCAUGAGAAGAAUCUUCAGAAGAAAUAUGAUGAUAAAGAAUGCACAUUUAAACCAAAGAUUAAUACUAGGUCUGCUCAAUAUGCAAGCCAGCCAUCAUACGCAGUGUCAUUAGAGUUCAGGAAUAGCAUGGAUGUUAAAUAAAUACCAGAAUAGAGAAAAUAAGAUUAAAAGCGACCAGAACUGCACUUUUAAACCAGAAGUAAGCCGGAAAAGCAAAGAACUGGCUGAAAAGAAAGAAUAUUUUGAAAACCAACCUUCUAAUGUGUUUAACAGGCUCGGAGGUUAUGCUAAGAAUUCUGAUGUAAAGAGCUUUGAAAAUAGCAGUUGAGGGUACAACACUGAGAAUAAUUUCAAACCAACAGUAAAUCCAAUCUCUGAAGAAAUUGAUAUCAAUAUUCAUCAUAAUGAUGAAAGGCCAAGGUGGGAAAGACUAUACCAGCUUAAAGAUGAGAGAGAUUACAUGCUUAGUCAGAAGAUGAAACUGAGAGAGUUCGAGAAGUUCAAAGAGGAGCAACAAUGUACAUUUAAGCCGAAGCUUCUCUCUAAAAGUGUUGAAAGAAAGACAAACACAUCCACUUGUAAUGAGUAUUAUCGUAACCUGAACUUUUCUCCUGACCUGAAUGUGCUUGACAGAAUUACCAACAGGGAUUAUAAUGUGAGAUCUCCCAUGAGAUUCAGCUUUUCUGAUCAAGAAAGAUUCGACGAGGUGCCAUCCCAAGAAAUGGAUGUUCAUCAGAGAGCCCAGUUAUGGACCAAAGCUAAAGAGAAAAAGCUUGAGAAAAUCAGAAAUAAAUCCAAAGGCAAAGGCAUGGAAGAAUGCACAUUUAAACCUAAUUUAAAAAAGGGAAAGAGAUCUAGGAGCAAUCUAAGGGGCUCUAAGUCAAUGAAGCGGUUCCAAACUGCAAAUAGCAUCCAGAAAUAUGUCAACAGAAUCAGUGGGGUUAGAGAAACUAGAGAUACGAAGGAAAUACGAGAAGGAAAGAAGGUCGGAAGUGGCAAGAACUGGACCCAUAGAAUAACAGUUCCAAGAGAACCAGCACUCUCAUACAAGAAUGGGAGGAAGAAAGUGAAGAGAAAGAAUGCCUCUAUCGAGAGGAAUAUUUCGAAAGAACUACUUUCAAGAAAUGUCUCUUUGAAAGAUAUUGACACUAAAAAUUAUAACAGAGACUAUGAUAAUUCUUAUAGUAUGCACAAUCAUUAUUACCAAGAGGAUGAGUCUGAAACAAUGUUACGAGAAAGCAUCCAUUUUGAGAAUCUUCAGAGAAGCAGAGAACUAGCUGAACAGAAGCUUAGGUCUCAUAAUGAAAGUGGAUUUUCUUAUGCUUCUUCCUAUAAAUCAGGAGAGCAGAGUAUUUUCAAUCAAAAUAGUUUUUCAAGAUCUCAAUCAAAGAUCGAACAACUUAAGAAGAAAGUUAUAUCUCAGGUAUCACCAAGUGAGAAGAAUGUAAGACAAAGAGAGUCAAUGGAUGCUGUUCCAAGGAUGGCCAAACCUCCUUUAGCUCCAACUGGAUCAAUGGCGCUUAAUAAAUCCAGAGAAUCAACCCAAAAGAUGUUGAGAAUCAGUGACCAGGAGAUAUUAGAGGAUGAAAAUGAAGAAUUAGGAUCAGAUGGUGAACAAGAUGUGUACCAAAAUGAUGAGCCUCCUCAUACCCAAGAUAAUAACUUUGAUAGCGAAUCAGUAGAUAUUGAUGAAGACAUCUUUGAUGAUCUUAAAGGGGUGUUCCACACUGUUAUCCAGAAUAUAUAAAAACAAGACUGUAAAAUUUCUAUAAA